AUCGCCUCCCCACGGUGAAAACCUGGAAUUAUUUUAACACUGCGCACAUCUUUUACAAACACGUAUGUUAAAACUAUAUAUAUAUAUAUAUAUAUAUAUAUAUAUAGCCUAGGUGCAUUUAUUUACAUGGGUACGCUAUUAAAAUAGUAGCAUGAUCUAGCUUAUAUUUUACAUAACGUUAAGUCUGUGCGUAUUAUUAUUUAUUCUGCGGUCAUUUCUGACAGUUGGAAAACCCCUGUAAAGAAUAUGAAAUUGAAAGUAAACUGUAGGGAAAGACUGGGGAAUACCUUUAUUUAGACCUGAUCUAUCUGCGGAAAUACAAGCCGGAUAAAAUCGAUUUAGUUAUAAACACGAGCGCUUUGAAUCUGAGGCGCCAUUGAAUUAAUAGCGACACUUCAGCGGUUCAUACACAGGCUACAAUAUGUCCAAACUUUUGGUGGCUGCUCUUGCUGUGUUCUCGGAUUUGGUCAUGGUCUAUGUGCUGGACUUGGUAGGCACACACUUGAGAGGUGAAGUGAGGAGUUUGGAUGGUGGAGCUGACUUGGUGAGGCAGUGGACUGAGGCUGUGCUGAGAUGCUCAUUGCUCUGCUCAGUCUUCUACUGGAGUGAUGUGAGAGGGCAGCUGAUGAAGAGAUGGGUCAUGGCCCACUGUUUUAUCACUCCUGUGUAUGAAACAGGUCGCUUAACUCUGUUGGGUAUCUGGCCACUGGAGAAGUUUGCAAUGUGGCUGGUCGGCAGUGUGGCUGCUGCUUUGGGAUGCCUGUUUUGGGAGACACUCUUGCCAGAGUCUAAUGGGGAAAGCAGCAGCAAAGAGAAGAAGCAGAAAGCUCGAGUGCUCUUCAUGAGAGUGAUCCGCUUCUACAGACCUGACUACCUGUUCUUAAUCUCAGCAUCUGUCUUUCUAGCCCUAGCUGUCCUUUGUGAGAUGUUUAUUCCACUGUACACAGGAAAGUUGAUCGAUAUCCUGCAGACCAAUUACAGCUGGGAUGAAUUUCUUUCAGCAAUAAUAUUAAUGACGUUUUUCUCUUUUGGAAGUUCUUUCAGCGCAGGCUGCCGAGGAGGCCUCUUCAUGUGUGCUAUUGGCAGCUUUAUUUGUAGAGUGAAGCAUCGACUGUUCAGCUGCUUGCUUAAGCAGGAAAUCAGCUUCUUUGAGACUACAAAGACAGGUGACAUCACAUGCAGACUGUCGACAGACACCAAUCUCAUGGCGCGAGCUGUAGCCCUAAAUGUGAACGUCCUUCUGCGAACCCUGAUUAAGACCCUGGGGAUGCUGUACCUAAUGGUUAGCCUCUCGUGGAAGCUCACUGUACUGAUGCUGCUGGAGACGCCUUUGACUGGCCUUCUACAGAACAUCUAUGACACACAUUACCAGAGUCUCUCAAAGAAGGUGCAGGACUCCAUAGCAAGGGCAAAUGAUGCUGCGGGAGAGGCUGUGUCAGGCAUCAGGACAGUAAAGAGCUUUAACGCAAAGCAGAGUGAGAAGUGUCGCUAUGAUGAGCGGCUGAUGGACACACAUAAUAUAAAGACUCAGCGGGACACAGUCAGAGCAGUGUACCUGCUGGUAAGAAGGCUCACAGAGUUGGGAGUGAAGGUGGCUAUGUUAUACUAUGGUCGCCUGUUUGUGACAUAUGGACAGAUGACCACAGGAAAUCUGGUCUCAUUCAUCCUCUACCAGACUAAUCUUGCACAAAACAUUAGGACUUUGAUUUACAUAUUUGGAGACAUGUUGAACUCUGUGGGUGCUGCUGGGAAGGUGUUUGAGUACCUGGACCGCAAGCCUGAAGUGAGCACAGAUGGGACCCUGGAGCCAGAGGAAUUGAAAGGACACGUCAGCUUCCAGAACAUCACAUUCUCAUAUCCAACACGCCCUGACUGCAGUGUGCUGAAGGACUUCAGUUUGGAGCUGAAGCCCGGUAAAAUGACUGCCCUGGUGGGGAGUUCCGGUGGUGGGAAAAGCACUUGUGUCAGUCUGCUGCAGAGGUUUUACCAGCCUCAGCAUGGACAUGUCCUACUAGAUGGACAGCCCCUGCAGAACUACCAGCACAAAUACCUGCACAGCAAGAUUGUUGCGGUGGGCCAGGAGCCUGUUCUCUUCUCAGGUACCAUACGGGACAAUAUUGCUUACGGAUUGUCAGACUGUUCAAUCAAGAGAAUUGAGGAAGCAGCACGCAAAGCCAAUGCACAUGAAUUCAUCUGCCAGUUCCCGAAAGGUUAUGACACAGAUGUAGGGGAACGAGGAAGUCUUCUUGGGAGCAGUCAGAAGCAGCGCAUUGCGAUUGCCAGAGCUCUAAUCAGACAGCCACAGGUUAUAUUACUGGAUGAGAUCACAAGCUUUCUGGACCCUAAAAGUGAACAAACGGUCCAACAAGCUCUGGCCAACUGCCCCAAACAGACCUUACUGGUGAUUGCACACAGACUGAAGACCAUUGAAAAGGCGGACCAGAUUGUUGUGAUUGAUCAGGGGGUGAUUGAGGAGCAAGGAGGUCACCAGGAACUUAUGGAAAAAGAGGGAUAUUACUACAAAAUGAAAGAAAAACUCUUUACUGAAAAUAAUCAUAAUACCAGUUAAUGUGAAAGAAAAAGACACGCAAGUCUUUGAACCUUAAAAAAUUGACACCUCACACCUCAUCACUCUAGAAUACAACCAUAAUAAAACUUUGCAAUAGAUAUCAUUGACAAUCUGCAUCUUUUCACGUUUUCUUUGUUAGUUCAAUGUUAGACUUUGUUACUUGACCAUUUUCAAUAUUGUAUUUCUGUAUUAUUGUAUUAUAAUUUAAUUAUUCUGCCAAGCUAGCACUGUAAAAAGAAAAUCUGCUGUUGUGUGUAAAAAGUUGCAAAUAGUGGAGGAAAAUAAAAUAUUGCUGUUUUUUUAUGUACACAUAUUGAAUACAUAAAUAAAUAGCUAAGUAAUUACGUAUUUAUUACU